UAAAAAAUCUGCCGUUAAAAAUAUCAGAGAAUUAGGUCAGCAAACUCACACCGCACCGACCGCCACAGUAUGAAUGCAACUACCGCGCGUUUAACGAUAUAACUUUUACAAAUACGCGCCCUGGGUGCGAAAUAACCUGCUCCGACGAGGAGAGAGAUGUCCGGUGUUUCCAGCAUCUGCAGACGCGAGCCGUAGCCGUUAGACCGGUCCGUCUGUCUGUCUGCCGCCCUCCGCUGGGCUUGGGAGACCCGCGAGCCCGAAUAACGUUAACGCUACUGUGGUCCCGGCCACGCUUGGGCUGAAUGGUUAGCCCGGGGAAAGAGAGACGCCGACAGACACCGCCAAGCAGGACCCGAGGGCUGCUCUGCCGAGACCCAGGAAAUCAUUCCUCGCCUCGUCUCGACAGCCUGGUCGCAACACUAUGCACAUUUCAGUAGUUCCAAAAUAAAUAAUUCAGUGACUCUAACAUGUGACCACAACCACCUAAGACAUGUGAGCCUCAACAUUUUUGCCACAGAUCUUCUUUACCCUGAGUAGAAGUAAACAGAGUUUGGUUUGACAAUGUCGAGCCGCCGGAAAUCGACCACGCCUUGCAUGGUGCUGCCCUCUGAUGUGGUGGAGCAGGAAGAGGUGGAAGAGAAAACAGAAAGGACAAAGGAGGAAGAUGUGGAGGAGGACAAGGUGAAGGAGGGAGCAGAGGAGGAGCCAUCUGCAGAGGAGCUAGGUCAGGCUGUAGUGGUUGUCCCCACACCACCAGAUACAGAUGAGCCCAGUGUCUCUACUGUAGAAGACAGUGAAGUACUUGAGCCCUCACUGAAGCGCAGUGCUACAAACCCUCCUGAGGAUCUGAGCAGCGACCAGCCAACCCAGGAACAACAGUGUGAUAUGCCCGACGAGGGAGGAGCAGACCCUGCAUCCGUUGCUGCCAUAUCUCUCAGUAAGACACCCAUCAUGAGAAUGAAGACCAAAUCUGAACCCAAGAGGAUCGCUGUGUCCCUGAAAUCAGCGGACGAGGCAGUGGACAGUUUUGGAGGAGGUGGCGAGGGAGAGGUGGGAGGAGAGCAGGAGCCCAUCGAAGCUCCUCUGGGGCCGAUGACACCUGUGGAGAUGCUGCUGCACGACUCCAUGAAGCUGGGAGGAGGCGGUUUGCUUGUCAGCCCGCCCUCAGAGCAGCAGAGGAAAUCAUCCAUUUUAAACCCCACAGUUCUGCCUGCUGGUCUGGCACAGGUGCUGUCGGCUUUCCAGACCCAGCAGAGUGCAGCAGCAGCAGCAGCUCAGCCUCAGCUACUGAUUCCCCUCAGCAGCAUCCCCUCCUACAGUGCAGCUAUGGACACCAACCCUCUGCUGGGCAGCACUUACAAGAAGUUUCCGUACCCCUCCAUGGCUGAGAUCAGCAGCCUGGCAGCACAGACACAGUUCACAGAGGAGCAGAUCAAGGUGUGGUUCUCAGCUCAGCGGCUGAAGCACGGUGUCAGCUGGACUCCUGAGGAAGUGGAGGAGGCCAGGAGGAAACAGUUUAACGGCACGGUGCACACAGUGCCUCAGACCAUCACUGUCAUACCCGCUCACCAGCUCUCAGCUGCUGCCAACGGCCUGCAGUCCAUUCUUCAGACCUGCCAGAUAGUGGGCCAGCCUGGCCUGGUGUUCACACAGGUCGGCCCCGGGGGGAACCUUCCAGUGACCAGUCCCAUCACCCUGACAGUGGCAGGGCUGCCCAGUCAGUCCCAGAGCUCCAGCAGAGUUUCCUGCCAGCCCAUCCCAACAAACAGUGAGCUGAAGCGGGCUACCACUGUCCAACCUCCCUCCCUUUCUCCACAGGAGAACUCGGCCCUCAGCGCUGACACAUUCAGUAUGCGGCCUAAGAAGUCCAAAGAGCAGCUGGCAGAGCUGAAAGCCAGCUACCUGAAAAACCACUUUGUCACUGAUGCCGAAAUCGCCCGGCUGAUGAAGCUCACCAACCUGACGAAGGGAGAGAUCAAGAAAUGGUUCAGUGACACCCGGUACAACCAGCGCAACUCCAAGAACAGCCAUGUCAUUGUUUUUCACGAUGGAGGAGGCAGAGGAGGUGGAAGCUGUAGUGGCAGUGCUAGCACCACCAUUGUUAUUGACUCGAGCGAUGAGAACCCCACGUCUCCCCAUCCUCCCUGCACACCUCCUGUGAAGGAGAAGGAGACACGGCCCAAAACGUGGAACCCGUUCCCAGACUUUACCCUGCAGAAGUUUAAGGAGAAGACACCGGAGCAGCUGGUGGUGCUGGAGGAGAGUUUUGAGAAGAGCAGCACCCCAUCUGAUGAAGAACUGAGCCGCCUGAGGACAGAGACUAAACUGACGAGGAGGGAGAUUGACGCCUGGUUCACUGAGAGACGAAAAAUGCCAGCUGUCAGUACCUCCUCCCCGGAUUCUUCAGAGGGAGGGAAGAUGGAAACAGACGGAGCAAAAGCGGGAGAAAGAGGAGGAACAGUAGGAGCAUCCUCCUCUUCUCCUUCUGCCUCCUCAUCUCGUAAAGGUAGUCAGACUCCUCCUGGAGGUCGCAGUAAGCAGCUGCCCACCACCAGCAGCAGCAGCAGCAAGAAAGACAUGAAAGAUAAAAGUAAAAAAUCUCCAGAGCAGCUCCACAUUCUGAAAAGUGCCUUUGUGAGGACCCAGUGGCCCACACCAGAGGAGUACGACCAGCUGGCGGAAGAGAGCGGACUUCCUCGGUCCUACAUUGUCAGCUGGUUCGGGGACUCUCGGUACUCCUGGAAGAACGGAAACCUGAAAUGGUUCUUUCAGUACCAAAGUGGCAAUGUGGAGGGGGUGAACGUCGGAGGAGGCAAUAAAAUAGGAAGCAGCGGUCGAAAAAGACGUGGACGAAAUCGUGGUUGGGGUCGGUCCCGAACCAGGAAGCAGCCGAGAAGGUCUGCCUCAUCCAGCACAGAUAUCGACAGACCUCCCCCAGCAAAGAAAUUCAAGAGUGGGAGGGAGAUCCUGAAGGAGUACUACCUGAAGUACCGCUUCCUCAAUGAGCAAGACCUGGAUGAGCUUGUUACCAAGACCAACAUGAGCUACGAACAGGUGAGGGAGUGGUUUGCCGAGGUCCAGCGACGCUCGGAAAUGGGGUCAGAUCCCUUCCAGGAGCCGGCUCCUGGGAGGGCGGCGGACGGAGACAAAGGGGGAGAGCUGGAGGGAGAGGCGACGCAGGGAGAGGCGUCCACGGCCACCGAAGACCAGCCCGGCGCUGGGAUGGGAGACGAAGAUGAUGAUGACGAAGAAGAUGAGGAGGAUGACGCCGACGAUACUGAUGACAGUGAGGUUUGGGAACCGUCACGUAGUGUCAGGAAAUCCUUGUCGGUUUCUGAAGACUAAUGAUUGUGGAAAGCAUGGUGAAACAUUACAGAAUGUUACAGGAGGAGUACAGGGACGAUCAAUGCUGGAGGACAGUUAGCUGAACCAAGUCUUUUUGCCACUGAUUUGCUUGUGUACACAUUUGCAAUGACAAUUAACUGUUUUUUCAAACUGUUUCUGAACCAUGUCUACAUGAGACUAACAGAUGGACUGUUAACUUUAGCUCACUCUCUCGUUUCCUAUCUUAUUAAUUGUAGGUAAUGUAUCAGUUUAGACAAUAAUCAUGGUAAAGAAGGAGUUUUUAGCAAACCCUACAAAUCUGUGGCACAGCAAGCUUUGAUAAAGCUUAGAAAACAGCAUUUACACAAUAUUUUGUCAGAAAGGAUACCAUGAAGUGCAACCUUCAAGCUGAGCUGAGGAUGAGAACUAAGAAGAAAUAGUUGCCCAAAAAAAGAUGGUAUAUGCAGGUACGUCCAUACAUCCUUCUUUAGAAGUAGCUGAUGAAUACUGAUUGUUGUAAAUGAGAAAGCUUCUGAAGAACUGAGAGAUUUAAUGUCCACCAUGCUCCUUGUUAAAUUUGCACUCCUUGCUUGCUUAAAUGAAGCCAUUAAGGGAGAUUUAUUUACACAUUUAUGCUGCAUUUCCUUGAGAAGGAGUUUGUUAUGCUGUUGCGAGCACAGGCCUAAAGUUCAGACUUCAAUCUCCAGUGUUAUGAAUGUUUCACCCACGGUCCCAAACUAACUGCACACAGAAAAAAAAAAAAGACUUGUGUUUACAAAGGUGCUUAAAAACAUAUCGCAACUAGAUGUCACCGCUGAGCAAUGCCCCCCACUGAAGCUAGCAUACAUAAAUUAAUGGAAUUGCUCGGUUUUACAUGUUACAGUACCUGUUUUUAUAGCACCUGUGAAGAUCACAGCAUAGACCAGGUUGUUUGAGCUGACAUUACUGGAAUCAGGUAUUUAUCUCUCUGGGAUAAAGGCCUAACAUGAUAGAGGAAAAGUACCUUAAAGCUGAAUGAAUGCCAAUGCCAUGAUGCUUUUAAAUGACGCAGGAUGUCUGCUCAAGUCUUCCCUUUAUAGAGGCUCAUUGUUGGAAAAAAAAAAGUCCACAGUAAGUGUUUAAUAUGCACUGCUUUUAAUGUUUUUAAACAAACUUUUCACCUUUUGAUAGAACUCAUCCUGUGCUAUUAUAAACUUCUUAAAGGAAGUUAUGUAGAUUCAGACAGUAUAAGGCUUUUGUGCCAAAGUUGAAUGUGUUGUCUCAUAAGCAGUGAGCUACAGUUUGAAGCAGAGGCACAGUUUGUGAACUAAGUAAUGGCCACUGUGAGGCAGACAUCUGGAUCCUCUGGAAAAACAAAAAUAUUUUGCUGCAGCAUUUCACUUAGAGUUUGCUCGUCGUGGGCUUCUGGUGGAUUGAGUGAAUGGACUGAAUUUUUAAGGUGGGGAUGCAGUUUUCCCCAAACUAUGUAACUGUAAGCACCAGCUGCUGCUCCAGUGUGAAUUCAAAAUACAUCAAUCCACAAGUUACCACCUUGACAAAACUGCUGUCACCACCAAAUCACCGACACCUUGCCUUUGAGUUGGGGCUCAUGUCAAAAACCAGGCCUGUGAAUCAUUUUAGGUCCUGGCCCGUACUUUAAGAAACGCUGUUAUUUAACGUAACAACAACAAUAAUAAUAAUAAUAAUAACAGUAUUUCAAAUAAUAAUUUGACUCCAGUCUGCACUGAAGAGAAAAACGUGAAGCACCUAAACUAAACUUUUAAAAAAAAUGCACUUUGUCCACCUGUGUUCACAGUGGACUAAAUCCUGAUUAGGCACCUUAAUCUCUUAUUAUACCAUGAAAUGGCUCUGAGAGACCAAAUCUGUUUUGUAUGACUAGGAACUGAACCAGUAUUUUGCCUUUUUUUUAUCCUUAGUGUGUUUUCAAGGGGAGGAAUAUUAUCCACUUUUCUAAUAAUAUGUGUUGUUUCAUAUUUGGGUGUUUAUAUGGCUAAAAAAAAACCUAGUAGAACAAUCACCUACCACUUUCUUUUGCUAAAUUGCACAACUUUAGCCCAUUUUUAAAUCAUUUCUCCUUUUGAAAAUGCACAUUGUAUAUGUUGUUGUGUUUUGUACUGUUGCUUUAAAUCAUGGGAAUUGUCUCCCACCUCUCCUUCUCUGCCCCCACACGCCCCCGUCUUGCUCUUUACCACUCUUGUCCACUCCUCUUUUAUAAAACAAAUGCCUAGAUUUCAUAUGCACUUCCCAAGACAUGUAUCUGUAAACGUUAGCAGUGUCCUGUUGGUUCUCUGUCUCAUUAAAUUGUCUACAACACAUGUAGACAGACUGACAGACAUCUUCAAAAGACUGAACCCAUUCAGAAAAAAAAAAAAAAAAAAAGACUCUUGGAAAAAAAAUUCACUUUCUCUCAUGGAGGGAAUCGUGAUGCCUGAAGAAACAGCACAGCAUUCCCUUUGUGGUGGGAAGUCUACCAAAUAACGCUCCUCUUUUCUUCACUCUGUACUGCAUUAAGAAGACAGGACAAUAGACUGAAAACUGUCUCUACUACAGUUCUUCACUGAUAGGGGAGAGACUCUGAUGAAGCUUUGCCGAUAAACCUAUGUGCCUACAUGGCUCGAAUACUUGUUUGAACAGAAUUUCACCGACUCUCGAACAAAAGAUGGCGAGAGAAAUUGUGAGAAUUUGCUUUGGGAAUCAGAAAUUGUUGGGUGUUUUUCAAAGGAGGGUUGUUCAAACUGAGGUGUGAUGCAUGACCGAGCUCUGCUUUCUGCUGACGCUAAAAGAUGCCUAGACACUGAUCUGAAGUUGACUUUGGAAACUUCUGUUGUAAGUCCUUAAACGAAUACCUUGGUGAUCCGAAUUUUAUUGUGUUUUGUUGCCAAGCACUUGUCACACUACACUUGUCACCAAGCACUUGGCACCUUUAGCUACAUAAAAUGCAUUUUAAUGAGUAUCUUUGAAACUAGCGCUGACUGAUAGCGCCAAGAUAGCUAGUUUAUAGCAACUGAGUGAGAGCUGAAACCAUUUUUUUCCUGUAAUGUGGCAAGUGCCUGGCUAUGAAAAAUAACAAAUUCAAAAUGUCAAGGUAUACCUUUUGUCUAAUACUGCAUGCAAUAACCAAGACGAACAACUUCUCAUUUUGUACAUACAGUAUUUUGGGUUGGUAUACUUGGAACUGUAGAAGCCUAAUCUGGGAUUACCACUUUGUGUAGCUUUAAUAAUACGAGUUACUUUUUCAUUUCCGAUUUGGACCAUGGACCUGUUUUCUUUUAAAAAUUGUUUUUUUUUUUUUUUUUUUUUUUCAGUCUUUGACUCUACUCGCAGUUCGCAACAUGUUAAGAUCCUUUGCUAUUUGGCAGCCAUUUUAUGCCUACUAAUAAUAAUAAGUAAUUAUUUGAAUCCUUGUUCAUCAAGGAAAAAAUACUACAAAAUGACUGUCCACACUUAGCUUGUUUUAGUCCACAGGUUAGGCUUAAUCCUGUAUCCAGGUAUCCAGCCCACAGUCUUUUACAGUGUGCUCUUUCUUUACUAUAGUCAGUCUGUUUUGAAUGGUUUUAUAUGUUUCUAUCUAUGAAAACUGUGUCAUUACAACUCUGUCCAGACAUCAGUGGAUUGCUUGUUAACCGGCUCAUACAAUACGUACAACAGAGUAGUGCUUUUGAAAUAGAAUCUGUUUAAGAGUUCAUCCCGUGUUGCCUGAGUGGCUUUUUGGUACUUUGGUUGCAAAAAAAAAAAAAUAUAUAUAUAUAUAUAGAAUCAGAACUCAACAGAAAAGACGUGCACUUAGUUAAAGGAACUGGAAAUCUGAAAUCUGAACUGAAAUCUUUUUUGCUUGCCAAAAAACGUGAGGCUCAGCUGUUUUAUAGGGAUAUCUUAAAUAGAACAGAAAAAAAGCAGCACAUAAGUUAAAGCUCUGGAGGGAACUUUCCAUCUUUUGGAGAAAAAACAAACAACAAAACAAAUCUGAAAAACUAGAUAUGAAGUCAGGAUCCCCCGACCUCUGCUGCACAGAUUUCUUCUAUCUCUUUAUUCAAUUUUUUCUGCUCACAUACUGUAACAACAUUUUGCCACAUUGGCAGGUAAUAUUACCUCCAUAUCAGGUGAAUAAUAAGAGAAUUAGUAGAAACAGAGCCAGCUCUUCUACAGUGUAACCCUGUAUUCAGUAAAUCACGUUUUCAAAUAUUUUCCCCAGGCCUGUUCAGGUGCUGUGUCUCUUCUGUGAGUUGUGAUUUUAUAUGCUUCACUCAUCAUGUAUCCCAGUUAACCUUGUGCAGUAGAGCUACAAGCUAACAUUGUGAUAGGAGUAGUUUACCUGCUGUCCGACUAUGCUCAUAUGUCAUAUCUGUAUCCUUCGCUAUUCUUCUACUAUAGUCCUCACUUGUUUUUCUGUAUUUAGACAAGUAGUUGGUUGAAUGUUUCUUACAGCAAUCAGAGAUUCAGAUGUUUUCACGAUAUAGCAGCCAGCUUUUUGGUAAAAAAACAAAAACAAAAAAACAAAAUUUUGUCAGAAUUGUAAUAUACUGUACGUAUAAAUGGAGAUUUUUUUUUUAUUCACUUACAAUGGAAUUUUCACAUUCUGGUUUUUCUGAUCCAAUUUUAUUUUGCUGACAGUUUUUACCCCAAGUUAUUGCUUCUAAUGUGCGUGCUUUGCUUUUAACCGUAAACUGAACAGUCUUUUCCUUGUUCCUGCUUCAAUACAACUCAUAUUUCCAGACCUGUUUACUGAGUGAUGACAGUGAUCUCUCAGCUCAUGUACUGAGUGACGGUUGGUUCCGUAGACACAGAUUCUGUUGGAAGAAAACAGUGGCCUAACUGUAUCCUCUACCUUGAUAAAUGAGUGUGUGUUAACUUAAGGACAGCUAAUAUUUAGUCUGCCAUUAAAAAUUGUUGUCACCCCUGACUUUAACUGACAUUUAGUCCCUUUUAGACCCUUUAAAAAAAAAAAACCCAAAAAACAAAUAAGCUGUGACAUCAGUCCCGUAAAAAUCCACCA